AUGGGAUCUGGCUCUAAAUCUGAAAGUGCAUUAUUACAAAUAGUAAAAGCAAAAUGUUUUAUUGUUAAAGCAGAAGAAUUUAAAGCUUAUAGGCAAUUGCAAAAUGUAAAUAUUAACAAUAAAAUAGCUGUUGAAACUAUCACUUAUAAAGAUUAUAGGGAAGAUAAACUUACAACUACUAUUUGGGCUAAGAUAUAUUGA